CGAAUGAACGCUCCUCCCAUUUCGAGUCUUCGGACGAAAUCGCCGACUUAAAUCUCUUCAGCCCAUUUUCCCCCGAGAACCGACAUUUCCUUUCGGAGCUUCCUUUUCUGACGACCGAUGGGUUCGAUAGACCCGCCGAAGAGCGAGGACAACGGCUCGGCCACCGCCGCUGUCGAUCUGAAGUCGAUCGCCGCUGACGGCAUGCCCCCUCUCCCGGCGAAGCAAUCCAACGGAACCGUGACAGAGCCCGAUGCGGCGUCCAAAAGGAGGAAGGCGAGUAUGCUCCCGCUUGAGGUCGGCACUCGCGUCAUGUGUCGUUGGCGGGACGGGAAGUACCACCCCGUGAAGGUCAUCGAGCGGCGGAAGUUGGGCCCUAAUGGCCUCUGCGAUUACGAGUAUUACGUCCAUUACACUGAAUUCAACAGGAGGCUUGAUGAAUGGGUGAAGCUUGAGCAACUUGAUCUUGAUUCAGUGGAGACUGUUGUUGAUGAGAAAGUGGAGGACAAGGUGACUGGGUUGAAGAUGACGCGACACCAAAAGCGAAAGAUUGAUGAGACCCAUGUGGAAGGCCAUGAGGAACUUGAUGCUGCCAGUUUGCGCGAACAUGAAGAGUUCACAAAAGUAAAAAAUAUUGCUACGAUCGAGCUUGGCAGAUAUGAAAUAGAAACGUGGUACUUCUCUCCCUUCCCGCCGGAGUACAAUGACUGCUCUAAGCUCUACUUUUGUGAGUUUUGCCUCAAUUUCAUGAAGCGCAAGGAACAGCUUCAGAGGCACAUGAGGAAGUGUGAUCUUAAACAUCCCCCCGGUGAUGAAAUAUAUCGAAGUGGUACAUUGUCAAUGUUUGAGGUUGAUGGCAAAAAGAACAAGGUUUAUGGGCAGAAUCUUUGCUAUUUGGCAAAAUUGUUUCUUGAUCACAAGACUCUUUACUAUGACGUUGAUCUCUUUCUGUUCUACAUAUUAUGUGAAUGUGAUGAUCGUGGAUGCCACAUGGUUGGAUAUUUUUCGAAGGAAAAACAUUCGGAAGAAUCGUAUAAUCUAGCUUGCAUUCUCACACUUCCUCCUUAUCAAAGAAAAGGCUACGGGAAGUUUCUUAUAGCAUUUUCAUAUGAGCUUUCCAAGAAGGAAGGCAAGGUCGGCACACCUGAAAGGCCCCUUUCUGACCUUGGGCUGUUGAGCUACAAGGGAUACUGGACACGUGUUCUUUUGGACAUCUUGAAAAAACACAAAGGCAAUAUAUCUAUCAAGGAGCUCAGUGACAUGACUGCUAUAAAAGCUGAUGACAUUUUGAACACCCUUCAGAGUCUCGAUUUGAUUCAGUAUCGGAAGGGACAGCACGUAAUCUGCGCAGACCCGAAAGUGUUGGAUCGCCACUUAAAGGCAGCAGGUCGAGGCGGCCUCGAGGUCGAUGUUAGCAAAUUGAUAUGGACUCCCUACAGGGAGCAAGGUUAAAAGGUCACUGGGUGUUCUACUUCUUUGACUUGUAGCAUAAUUCUGGUUGUACAUAUAUGUAUGCUGCCGGCAGUAGCAGCGAUAACGGAUGGUUCUGAACUUGGAUAGUCUCUGGACCAGAAAAGUGGAUUGGUCCCUUCAAACGUCUAAUGUAGUCAGUGUUUGCUUUUAUAUGGUGUUGAUUCAAUC